AUGCUAGAUUUGAUUGUAGAGGAAAUUAUUCAUCUUGAUGGGACAGAUUUCAUAAAUGAACAAGAUGAGGAAGACGAUGACAUUGAGUAUGAAGACUUCAAGAGGGCCGUUUUGUCAUUCAGAACUUUUGAACCUUCCUUCUCUCCGCUCACGCUCACUGUGUGUGUCGAUCGUUCGCCAAGGCCAUCGGCGUUCUUCCCGUUGUCGGCGUCUCCUUCCUCCAUCUCCGAUCAGCUACUCCGCUCCUAA